UUUGUAGGAUAAUUUUAUUUUUGGAGAUCCAAAAUGAAUUUCUCAAAAGGAUCCUCUGCUGAUAACAAAGCUCAUCAUGGAGGGGCGAAUGACAAUGAAGAAUGUACAAGGAUGUUGGAGAUUGCUACUAGUUCAAUGAAAGAACUCAUUGUGCUUAUGGAAACCAAAUCCUUAUGGACCAAACCUUCCGAUGAUGUGGUGGGGUUUGUUCUUGUUCCUGAAAGAUAUGAAAACAUGUUUCCUAGAGAAAAUCAUAUAGAAUCUUCCAAAGAUUCAAAAGUAGUGCCAAUUGGUGGAUUGGAAUUGGUUGAGAUGCUUUUAGACUCGGAGAAAUGGGCUAACCUUUUCCCAACAAUUGUUUCUGAAGCUAAAACGCUCAAAGUAUUUGAUGUUGGUUCAUACUUAAAUCGAAAUGGAACCUUACAAUUGAUGUACGCAAAAAUCCACAUAUUUUUACCUCAAAUGGCAGAAAGAGGAUUUUACUUCCUUCGCUAUUGCGAACAAAUUGAUAGUGUUACGUGGGGUAUAGCUGACGUGUCAUUUUCUUUCUUUGGAACACUUGUUGACACCCCUUGGAGGCAUCCCUCUGGAUGCAUGAUUCGUGAUAUGUCUGAUGGAACUUCUAUGGUUACUUGGAUUGAGCAUGUUGAAGUUGAUGAUCGGGUCCAUAGGAACAAUGUGUGUAGCUUUAUUCGUAAAUGUGCUUCAAAUGAAGCAACCAAGUGGCUUUUGGCACUUCAAAGAAAGUGUCAAAAAAAUAUUUGCACUUCCAUUGACUAUGUAGCCAGGCAUCACAAAGACAUUAAAACAUCCGAAGGAAGAAAGAAUGUGAUGAAACUCUCAAAUGAAAUGGUUCAAAAUUUUUGUAGAGUUUUGAACACACAAUCAAGUGUACUACACAUAUUUGAAGAGAAUAAUAAUAAUGAGCCAUUAAUCUUUAUUCGCCAAAGAACAAUUCUAUCGCAAAGCCAAAGGAGAAACUUAAUGGUUCUAACUUGUGUUGCCUAUGCAUGGAUUUCCGUUUCUCCACACACUCUUUUUUACUUCCUCAAUGAUGACAAUACACGCCAUCGGUGGGAUCCCAUUGCUAGUUCAACGCCUGGUCACAACAUUGCACACAUUUCAAUUGGUGCAAAUGAUGCGUGUAACCGUGUUUCAAUUAUUCAGACUUUGAACAAGCGAGAGAACAUUAUAUUGUAUCUUAAAGAAAGUUGUAUAGAUAUUCUUGGAGCAUAUGUGAUUUAUGCUCCAAUUAUUCAAAGCCAAGUGAAGAGGGCUUUAAGUGGAGUGGACUCUUCAACUAUGCCAAUGAUUAUUCCCUCAGGCUUCAUGAUCUCAUCACAUGAUGGUGGAACAAUUAAUGUUGAAGCAAGUAGCAAUAUCGAAAAUGCCACAAGUUCAAGAGGCAAAUCAUUAUUAACCAUGGCUUUUCAAAUGGUUUAUGUUCAAGUUGAACCAACAAUCCAAAGAACAGAACAUGUGGUUAAUAUCACUCGUCAUACCUUGUCCACAAUUCAAAAUAUUAAGGUUGCUUUGGAAUCUUGAGUGCACCAUUGAGAAUUAAUCUUUUGAAUUGGCUUGGAAGGUUAUGUGGAAGGUGAAGCUUUUGGGGAAGGCAUGAGAAGGUGAUGAUGAAGAUCUAGAAUAUGACAUUUGACUCCAUGCAAUGAGCAAAAAUAAAUUAUGAAUUAUAAAAUUGUUAUAACUUAAUUGAGUUUGUGUGAUUGUUGACUAUGUUUAAAACUUAUUUUGGUUUGUAAUUGUGUUAUAUUUUGAUGUAUGACAAUGUUUAGAAUUUG